UCUCUCCUUCAUCUCUCUGUUCCCUUACCUUGUGCUGUUUUACUAAUCAAUAUUUUUGUUACAGAGAGAGGCAAAAACUGAAACAGACAAGAAAGGAAUAUAAUUGUAACAAGAACCCAUUAAGCAAAGGGUGAAUUUGAUGCUUUCCAGUGCAUAGUUUGCCUUGUGCAUGCAUGGUUUUUUCUUAGUAUUUUGUAAAUAUUCAUAUAUUUUAAUGGAAAGGGAUAGCUUUGAAUGCUUGCCAUCUUCGGAUGAGAUCUAUGAGGAAGAGAUCCAUCGCCAUCAUCAGUUCUCGUCCUCUGUGAAAUCCCGGAACAAUGUGGUCUUGCCUGCUGUUUCUCCAACCACCAGCGUCCAUGAACUCCUGGAAUGCCCUGUCUGUACCAACUCUAUGUACCCUCCAAUUUACCAGUGCCAUAAUGGACAUACAUUGUGUUCUACCUGUAAAACAAGGGUACUUAACCGGUGCCCCACUUGUAGACAAGAGCUUGGAGAUAUUAGGUGUCUGGCAUUGGAGAAGGUCGCAGAGUCACUUGAACUGCCAUGCAAGUAUGGCUUCUUGGGAUGCACAGAGAUGUUCCCCUACUACGGCAAGCUUAAGCAUGAGUCUCAAUGUAACUUCAGACCAUACAAUUGCCCAUAUGCUGGAUCUGAGUGUCCUGUUGUUGGAGAUAUCCCUUUCCUGGUAGCCCACCUGAGGGAUGAUCACAAGGUAGACAUGCACACUGGCUGCACAUUCAAUCACCGCUAUGUCAAGUCGAAUCCCCGCGAGGUGGAGAAUGCGACCUGGAUGCUUACGGUUUUUAACUGUUUUGGCCACUACUUCUGCCUGCACCUGGAAGCCUUUCUGCUUGAUAUGGCCCCAGUUUACAUGGGAUUCCUUCGUUUCAUGGGCGAUGAGAUUGAAGCUCAGAACUUCAGUUACAGCCUAGAGGUGGGGGCAAACGGCAGGAAACUGAUAUGGGAAGGCACACCACGGAGCAUUCGUGAUAGCCAUAAGGAAGUUAGAGACAGCCAUGAUGGUCUAAUAAUUCAGCGUAACAUUGCACUUUUUUUCUCCGGCGGAGACCGAAAGGAGCUAAAGCUUCGGGUUACAGGACGAAUUUGGAAGGAACAGCAGAAUCCAGAUGGAGGGGUUUGCAUUCCUAAUAUUUGCAGUUAAGGUCUUGUCAUUUGGCCAUCUUGGUCAUUUAUGUUUGAUGCUUGCUGCCUGUCAAAUGUACACAAAAAUUUUCUUUGUUUUGCUGCUGUAUGGGUUCAGAUUUUGGGUGAAUCAUGAGAAGCGCAUAAAUACUGAAGUAUUUAUCUUUUGUACAUUGUUAUUGAAGCUGCUAUCUUUUUUCGUU